AUGUGCCCACCUUGCUAUCCAGCUGGCCACGAUGAGCAAAAAGGCCCAUGGAGCAUUAGUAACGUGACCAUGUUGAUGAGUCUCUUGACUUUCCUCGCGCUCAUCCAUGCUGUCUCAGUAACCCUCGCAAAGCUGCCGCACAAGGCAAUUCGCAGAGGUAUCAACUGUUACUGGGAAGUACCAGACAAAGAGUCUCUCGAAGAGAGGGUUGGAAGACUUGAAAACGACCUCUGUUCUCUGAAGUUGGGGAUGACCGAGGAAAUGCUCGGCAGGGCGAUCGUUCUCGAAUCAAGAAACUGGAGGACUUGCACUCUGAUCUGA